AUGGCCAGGCGUGUAAACCCUGGCAUUACUAUCAAUAAUGAUGCCCAUAGUUUGUACUUUAUAUCUCCCAGGAGAGAACUGGCCUCCCGAUUUGCAUAUGAAAUGGGAGAGUAUGAUAAAGAAGAAACUGCGGUUAAGACUGUAGUUGGGAAUGAGAACCAACCUACACCAGAAGUGCCGAUAGUCAGACCGAGACCACGGUCACUUUACUCGGCUUAUCUGAGCUUGCGCUAUAUUGGACACGAGGAGACUCUUACUGCAAGAGUACUGGGCGAUUUUAUAGACAACGCUGCAGUGAAUAGUUUGGCAACAGAUAUGUUGAGCAAAGACCUCAUAAAAGCUUUUUAUGACGCCACCAAUGUGCCUAAAAAGCCUAAAAAGCCAAACUUCUUCCGUCGUGUCCUACAAUGCUUUGGGCAAUGUCUUUGUUGUUGCCUUGCUCCACAAGCUGAUUAGAGUCAAUUUUUUCAAGACUCUUAACUUUUAAAUUGAUGGGUGAUUUUACUUUUAUUUUUACAUCAGAUCUAUUGUUUUGUUUUUAUCUUUUGUUAAUUGUAAUAUCACAGGCACCUGGUACAUG